AUCAUGGCCCCAAAAGGAGGAACGUUUUUCUUUUUACUCAUCAUGGCCAGUGCCGCCUUGGCUGAGCCACCAGGUGAGAUGCCUGAAGAAAAACCUGACUUCAAGAAAAUAUCUAAAAAACUGAUGAAGACUUGCAUUAAAAAGGGAUACCAGGCGCCUAAGCCGAUGGAGCUGAAAGCUCUCUACAGAAACAGUGACUUGCCUGUGGCAGAAAGAGACUCUGAGGAAUCCAACGCCAUCAUACCUGAUUUUCUCCAAAUGCUCCAAUCAGUCCGUCCUGCCAAAGCCAACAAAGACCCACAAGUCAACACAAUGCCAAACAAGAAUUUGAAACUCCACAGUCUUCUAACCAUGAUCAAGCUGAUGAGAAACUCCCCUGCGGCGUCUACAUGUUAUAUGCAAGCAUUUGUGGCUCCUCUGUCCUUGAAGAUUCUGACCUAUCACUGCGACAACAACAUGACCACAGACGACUACAACACACUGCAAUGGGCUGCCAAACCUGCCCUGAAGUAUAUGCUGUUUAGAGGAAUGAAUCUUCCUCCCAAUGUUGACCUGAACAAGACGAUGGAGAUAAUGAACGAGGAGCAUGGUGCCAUGUCUGAACAACAAAAGAGAAAGAUGGUGAAAUGGGUAAAAGAACAGAUUGCCCAGAAGUAUUUCAACUGUACAAGGAGGCCACCAUCUGACUCAAAAUCAAUGCCGAUAAAGAACUGCAAACCCUCACUGGAAUGGCUGAACACAGAGACGCUGCGCAUGAUGGGACCUUGCAUCUCCCUUUUAGACCCAAGUGAUGUUGAUUCUGCUUCCAAAGAACAGCUGUGUAAAUAUUUCCGCUCAGGCCAGUUCAGAUCCGCCACGAGUACGACCACCAAGAUGAAUCCCAGCCUGGGCAAAAAGUUGCUGCAAAAAAGUCAAGGGUGCUUCCGUGAAGAGGAGCUUGCUAUGAAUGUGGACAAGCUCGGCAUACUGGUCUGUCAUUAUUCUGCUGCUCCAAACUUGACACUUGAUCUCAGCUGGAAACUCCUCUCUGAGCUAAACGAUCGCAAGGACUGCGGCAACCGUGGCAUCACAGGGCUGAGGAAACGCCUUGUCAAGAUUGUGGCGUCACAUACCAAUGGCUCUGAAACAUUACACAUGCUGGGCAGAAAUUUUGCCUUGUUGUCUCCCAAACAACUGAGCGAGUUCCCUGACAAAUAUCUCAAAGAAGUUCUCAAAAAUUGGAGUUCUUCUGGAAAUCUCACCAUCCGAUGGAGGCCGGCCCAGCUGCGGGCCCUCGCCAAGAAACUGUUGGGCAAAAAGUUCAGAAAGGUUUCUGGCAAAGAGCUGAUGGACCUUCAGCCAGUUGUAGGGGGAUUGCCAACCUUUAUGUUCAAGCAUGUCAAGGAGAUCCUGAAUGAUACCGAGGGCCUAAAGAGGAUCUCCAAGUGGAUGAGGAAGGGGCAGCGGAUGGCCUUGCUGCAGGGGUCUUUUGGAGAUGUGGAUCUCCUACAGCUGGUGAAGAAGUUGCCUGGCGCUUUGCUUUGCAGCCUUUCUGUAGACAAACUGAGGAAAGGAAACAUCACCUCUUGGGACCAAGUGGUGAAUAAAGAAUGGAAGCAGUCGCAGGCAGCUGUCCUGGUCAAAAAGUUGUAUAAUUCAAAGAAGCCUUGGUACAAGAGACUGCAUUCACUUAUUCGGGGAGUAACCUGUAAGAUGAUUGACGAAGUAGCAGACAGCGACACAAAAGACAUGGCUCGGACCAUAACAGAGACUCCACAGUGGGUCUCCAAACUGCAGGCAGGAUGUGUUGCCCGAAAGCUUUUUGCGGCUUUGGAGAAAGAGAGAGCCGACUAUUUCAAAACCAUCACUGAGGAGGAGAUGGAAAACAUUCCCACAUGUUUACUUCUUCACCUGCCGCCUUUGAAGAUACAGGAUUUGCCUGACUCUGCGUGUCCCACCUUCAUCGACAAGAUUGAAGAGGCCGAUCUGAGCUUGUUACCUCGUCGUUCCCCGUCUCGCCCCGCACUCGCUGAGAGAGCACUGCUUUGCCUGGCCAAAGGGACAAACUUAACUCAGCUGACCAAUGAGGAUGUGUCCAGCCUCAAACCUCUUCUGUGUGAGCUUCAGUCUUCCCAACUGCUCAAAAUGGCCCCUGAUGUCCGGAGCUCCGUACUCCAGGACAUGGCUGACUGCCAGUACAUUCCUCGACGCCACAGGGCAGAAAUAACUCAGCUGGUCACGCAGACUUUUGGGGAUCCAUCUAAUAUGUCAGCUGAGGAUUUGGAAGCACUGGGUCCCCUCCUCUUUUUGAAUGACAGUGCUACAUCAGCUCUGCCCAAUAAGCCUUGGGUGAAGGACAUUCUCUGUUCCCUGAAGUCGGACCUGUUCCAUGCCCCGGAUGCCCUGAGAAAGAAAUGCUUCGAUCUCAUCACCGCCAACAAUAAGAAACCCACUGUGGAGGUGAUUGAAGAACUGCAAAUGGACAACGUCUACUGGACAGCAGCACAGCUGGAAGAGAUGUCAGCCGAGACCUUCCUGGCUGUUUUCGAAGUCCUUGGGGAUGUCUGUGGCUUCAGUGCAGACCAACUAGCUGUGCUCAGCAAAAGAGCAAAUGAGACCUUGGGCCCAGUGUCCCAGAUGACUGAGAGUGUGGUGAUGCAGUUAGGAUGUAUAAUUCGGGGCUUCUCAGACGCAGACCUGGAGGAGCUCCCCAUCCCACUGGACUCUCUGGAGAACAUUGCCAAGUGUGGCUGGAAAGAGUCACAGAUGAAGUCGGUGUGGAGGGCCGUCGCUAAGUAUAACAACCUGACAGCGCAGCAGCUGGAAGCUGCUGACAUGGUAGAACUGAACCAGUUCAUGUGUGGCCUAGACCCCGACGAGAUCAGUCAGCUCGACAUGGACGCCUUCAGGGAAGCUGUGGGCUCAAUGGAUGAUGUCCAGUUCCCCCCCUGGGCUGCACAGCGCCUAAAGAGUCUUGCUGUGUCUGCAUUUGGAAAACCCAACACCUGGCCUGAAGCUGAAGUGUCUGACCUGGGCACCAUCAUUGCUGGGUUGAAUGGAACGGAGUUGGCUUCUUUAGACCCGUCUGUCUUUCCUUUUCUCAGCCACCAGUGCAUCCCAGUGAUAACACCAGACAACUUAGCUCAACUCUCUCCUGAUCAGCUGAAGGCUUUUGAACCUGACACUGCCGCCAAGGUAACUGCUGAACAGCGAAGUGCCCUGGGAAAGAAGCAGCUGGAUGCUCUUGAGAGCGCCGAGGCUGGGUCACCUUACCAGACUCAAAGAUCUGACCACUCAGGAGCUCCAUCUCUGAGUGUCGAGGGGAUCUCAGCCUUCACCACGCCCCUCCUGUUUCUUCUGAUGGGCUUCCUGCUGCUGUGAGAACAGAGCGCCACCGCAUCCAACGCAAAAGUAGCAGAUGCUUUUAGCUAACCACACACACACACACGCAGCCACACUUAAUCAUUAUAGGGCAUUUGUGACGUAUAAUUCUUCUGUUAUUUGUGAUGAAGACGUCUCUCAGACUGUCUGACAUGAUCUGUGUAUGAGCGCAGGAUUAGGGCUGUUAAAGGGAUAGUGCACCCAAAAAUUAAA